AUGGUGGGAGCGAACUUGAAAGCAGAAACAAUGAAACUGAUGGAGAAGAGAAGCGCUUUGGAAACUGAGAUGAAUGUCAUCAUCGAGCGCCUCUGUCAACCCGGCGGUCCUGGUCUCUCCGGCAAUCUCGUCGAUUCUGAGGGAUUUCCUCGCUCGGAUAUUGAUAUUCCAGUCGUUAGAGCCGAACGACACCGUCUUGCUGAGCUGCGAAGUGAUCAUAAGGAGAUCACAGAGAAAAUAAAUCAGAAUAUACAAGUUCUGCAUUCGGCAAGGCUUGCACCCAACUCUUCGUCCCCGAAAGAUUCAGGGUUUUUGAAGUGUAUAUUUAUUGCUAUGAUCUAUCAUAGAGUUUAUGUCUCCCAAGAGGAAAUCAUCUCUACUCAACUUCUGUACUUUUUCCUCAUUAAUUUGCAUGGAAAUGAUGGGGUGGCAAAUAACCAAAACUCAGUGGUUGGCAAUACUGUUCCAUCUGCAUCUUCCCACAAUGUUGUUGUUACAUAUUCUCCCAGUUCCAUGGAUGUGGACAUGAUUGUUAGCAUACCCUUCGCUGUGGUUGAUGAAAUUGCUGAUGCAUCCCCAACAGCAGAGGAUGGUCUGCAACUUGGAGAUCAGCUUGUUAAAUUUGGUACCGUGGAAUAUCAAGUUGGCGAGAAUCUCUUGCAAAAGCUUGCUUCUGAGGCUCAAGCAAAUCAGGGUCAUGCAGUGCCUGUGGUGGUUAUGAGGCAAGGUGCUCCGAUCAACUUGUCAGUGACACCUAGAGUGUGGCCAGGCAGGGGUCUACUGGGGUAUGUCUGCCUUUUCUUCUUUUUGUACAAUGCCAUGCAUUUCAUGAUUGAAUCAUUGUUGUCAAUGUGUUCUAUCCAAGAACGUUUCCCCAAGUCAAAACAUGGCACUUCUUGGACCACUGCAACCUGGUCUUUGAAUUGGGUUACUGCAUUCUUUGAAGCCUACGCUGAAAUCUUCUAUGAGAUCAUGGUGUAUUUGCAGUUUCCGGAUCUUAUAACUGUUUCUGGGAUAACUGGGAAGGUGGUUGGUUUUAUUUGUCAGUUGCAAGACUCUGUUUCGGAGAUGCAUUUUGGCAUUAUAAAUUGUUUCUUCAGUUUACAAGAAUCGAUAUUGGUCUAG